UUAUUAUUAUUCCGCGUACGCAGCCCAGCCCACCCCCGACCAGCAGCCGUCUGUCUUCAUGUCGUCACGACUCCGCGGGUCUCCGCGCACACCUCAGUCGCAUUUUGACGGUGAACCACUGUGCACGUGUUAUUCCUUCUACCCCUUCUCACCACAACUUGAUUUACCCUCAAAUUCCACAAUGGCCUGCUCAGUCAGUGAUGCCCCCUCCCUCAAGGACCUCCCGAAGGUAGCCACGGACCUCAAGAGCCAGCUCGAGGGGUUCAACACCAGCUGCCUGAAAGACGUUGAUACCAAUGAGAAAAUAGUCUUACCAUCUGCUGAAGACUUAGCGAAAGAAAGGCAACAUUCAGCGCUCCUACAAGGCGUUGAACAGUUUCAAACUUCCUCCCUCAGGAGAACGGACACCGUUGAAAAAAUUGUGCUUCCAAACGCACUAGAUGUUGCCACUGAGAAAACCCAAAAUUUAUGGGAAUCCCUAUUUGAUGGAAUUGAAAAAUUCGACGCUAGCAGGUUGAAACACACAGAAAUACAGGAGAAGAACCCUCUUCCUGACAAAGAUGUUGUCGCAGCGGAGAAGGCCCACCAGAACCUGUUAGAGGGAGUUGAACACUUUGACAAGAGUCAGAUGAAACACGCUACUACAGAAGAAAAAAAUCCUUUGCCGCCUAUGGAAGCUAUCGAAGCCGAGAAGGAGAAGAAUAAGUUCCUAACUGGUAUCGAGAACUUCGACCCCACCAAGUUGAAGCACACAGAAACUUGUGAAAAGAACCCACUACCCACCAAGGACGUUAUUGAGCAGGAGAAGACCGCCUGAACUGCUCCAUCCAUAACCUCUCGCAAUUAUAUCUCGCUAGUAUCGCUGUAUUUUAAACUCGAUGUAAGUUACGUAAUAGUCCUGUUUGUGGUGUCCAUCUUACAGGGUUGCUGUAAGUUAAAGUGAUAUAUAUUAAAAGUGAUUCGAGGAAAUAAAGUAUGUUUUGAAACAGCGGAAUACCAGAAAGACAGCCAUUGUAUCAGGUAUUGAAAUCAGCCACCUUUUAAAUCUAAUGGACAUCAUGAAUGGGUAUCAAAAUUUCUAUGUCAUUUUAUCGGUAUAUAUUUUAUUAACUGUAUUUUACGAGCAUUUUAUAUUUUAAUUUGUAAUGAAUAAAUAAUUAAGUAUUAAUGUCCAGUACUGAUUUAUUUAAGCUGGGAACACACUGCACUCCGACUCGAAGUAAUUUUAUCUUGUUUGUGCUUGUGUUCUCUAAUUAGUUGAGAUAUUUUAUAUAAAUAAGUAAAAAAUCCUGAGAUUUCAGCAUCUUGUAUUAGUGAUGCUUCUUGUCUGGUCAAAUAAAUCAUAUAGGGAGUGAAGUUACCAACAUUCAUUUGGGUCAAAAAAAUUAUUCUCUUUUUAUUAUAAUGUAAAUUCAAUUAAAUUUUUUAAUACUGAAUAAUGUUAUAACUGACAAACGUAAUAUUAUUGCUCAAACUGUGAAAGAUAUUUAAGAUUCUGGAUUUGAAAACGCAAUACCGGGCAUUGUACCGAAAAGUGAAUAAUAACAAUAAUAUUUUAUAUCGUCGUAUACAAUAAUAGGUUUCCAAUUUUGUAAUAAUUAUAUGCUAUCGAUGCCAAUACAGAAAAGAUUUUUACCGGAAUUUUGUAUGUUUUACAGACGGUGCUUUUUAUAAAUAUAGAUUGAAAAAACUA